AUGUCUGGAAGUAUUCCGUUCAUAUUAGAAGGCUCCUUUGUACAUCCUGGUAACCAGCCAGCAACAAAUCCAAUUAAUAAUUUCCAAUCAAAUCUCAAAACAAACAUUUUAGAUGAUAAUCUGACAUUUCAACAGUUACUUGAGCUUGUAAUGAAGGUUCAUGAAGAAAAGCAAACUGAUAUUUAUUGUACACCACGCCACGUUCUUCUUGUACCAAAGCAAAUCCCUCAAGACAGUGCGGAAAUAAUUCAGUUAUUCAAAUUAGUUCUCAGCCAGAUCUUCACACCCAAACAGGUUUACCAGAUUUCAUGUGGUAAUCUCAAAGAAGCUUUCGGUUCAAUGUCUGAAGCUUCAAAACAAAUUCUUGAAGGCGCUCUUGACCAUUUCCUCAAAAUGAAUACGAGUUCAAGGUUCUAUACGUCUCCUGAGAACAAAGAAAAGUUUGUUAACUUAGCAAUGAAGUUCUUUACUUCAACGGAUUCAAUAUAUUCAUUCGUUAUCCCUGUCCAACAUGAUUUUAACGGCCAAAAAGGCAAUUUCUUACUUGUUGCUCAGAAUAACACUGUCGUUUCAUUCCCAUCUGGUGAAGUUUCGACGUAUAAAGACAUGAAUGUUUCAAAUACAGUAAUAACGAUUACUCUUGAGAACGGCAAAUACAUAACCAUCCAGCAUAAAGCCUCGGUCCAGCUUUUAUACAACUUUAUUGAUAAAUCUGUAACGCCAACAAAAUUAAUCAUCAAUUCUCUUCAAGAAUUCCAAGAAAAGCUUAAUAUUCAAUCAGCCAAAGCUAUCGCAUACAUGGUUUCCCACUGCGAUACUUCUUUCAUCAAGCAUUUAUACACAAUUUUCCCAACUGAUCCAAACAAGCAAUUCCUCGAUGUUAUUACACUCUUCCAGAGCCAAGGUGCCAUCCUUCGUCUCCUUAAGUACCUUGCCUGCACAGAACUCCGUAGAACAGGAAAAUCAAAUGAAAUUUUCAGGCAAAACAACCAUUAUAUUCGCGGAAUCCUCUUCUACUUCAAGCACGUAAGUAAGAACUACUUCAGUGUUACAAUUCCAAAGCUUUUGAAGAUAAUAAAUUCCGCUCCAAACUGGUCCUACGACAAACCAACUGAGAAAGACCUCGAAACUGUCGAGAACCUUCUUGUAAGCGUCUGGGAUACCCUUACAGAGUCAAUUCCUCUUCUCCAACCCUCAAUUCGCAGAACUCUUCGUUCCCUUCGUAUUUUAUCAGAGCACGAGUUCUCAACACCCGAGAUGAACCACCGCUCGUGCUUUGCCCUCUUCAUGCUUCGCUUCUUGUUCAUUGAAAUGACAGAUCCAAAUCGCGAUGGCAUGGAUCCGAAGGUUUUGUCGAAAGUUCUGGUAUUCACGAAGCUCCUCGCCUUCGCCGGACAAAUGAUGCCAAUCACAGGAGACCACAACGGCGAACGCCAGAAAUACAACGCCGUAAUCGCAAAAACAAUUCCACACGGUGUAAAGUUCUACGAGAAACUGACCGAAAUGUGCGAAUUGGAGACACAAAAAGUGUCAGAUUCGGAAUUAAUUGCGGCCGCAGAAGGAUUCAGAGCUUUUAUACUCGAACAUGCACAAGAAUUGCAACAGGAAGCUGAAGGACCUCAUUUCUUCGAUGCUUACGCUUCAGAAGGUGUUGCUGAAUACUAUAUUUCACAUAAGAACUGA